UGUGAUGCAGAAGCGGCGAAGUGAGAGGGAGCAGAGAGAGAGCGAGCGGGAGAGGAGCGAGCUGAGACUUCCACAGAGGCAGCCGCGAGAAAUCACCAGCCAGGAUUUGCUCCUCUCUCUCUCCCUCUCUCUCUGAUUUCAAAUCAGCUCCUCCCCCGUGUGGUUGUGGCUUUGCCUUCCAUCACAAGCCUGAUCAGCAACACCAGUCUUGGGAAAAAAGAAAAAAAAAGAAAGAAAAAAAGGGGGAGGGGGGGAUGAGAAAAGAGAAAAAAGGAAAAAGUGCAAAAGAAGAAAAAGGAAACAAGAGAGGGGGAAAAGAGAGGGGAAGAAAGUAAUCUCCUCUACCCCUCGGCUGCAUCCAGCACAGAAGAGUCCGAAACUUUACGUGGAGUUCUCGCCGUGUUUACCCCGCGGCGCCUGAAUCGGCAGCGCCCGGCUCCCUCGCUCCUGCGCUCUCCUACUUGCUCUUUCUCCCUCGCACUCAUCAGCAGUCGGCAGCGAUGGAAAAAGUUGCUGGCUGGUACCCAGCCUGGCACGUUGCUCUCCUGUACUGGACAUGGCUUUUCCUCUUCACUUAUGGCUUUACCGGUGCAGAAAUAACUUGCAGAUCCUGCCGUUCCCAGGUGCAGCCGCAGCAGCAGCCGCAGCAGGGAUUACUGAUGCACUUGAGGACCGACAGAGGAGAAGAGGAGCAAAGGAGGUUCCUCGGGGAGAAGGGAGGUGAGAGAGGGCAAGAAGCCGGGACGGAGGAUGCCGGGUUGCAAGCGACCGUCGCCCCUGCUCCCGCGGAGACGAAAUUCAGCGGCUGGGAGACACGGCGAGUGACGAGGGAGCCAGAGAAAGUGGCCGGGGAGCGCCGUCCCCGAGCGGCAGCGGCGGCUCGGGCCGAGGACCGACCCCUCCAGGGCCCCCCGCCGGCGGGCGGCCGGCCGGGCUCGGUGCAGCGGCGCUGGGGCCGCAGCCCACGGGGCUCCGCGGGGCCGGGGCCGGGGCCGGGCGGCGCCGCUGGGCGGGAGCCGGGGGACGGCGGCGCCGCCCGCUUCGGGCUGGAAGAGCUGCGGCUGGCCAGCACCACCUUCGCCCUGGCCGGAGACUCGGCGCACAACCAGGCCAUGGUGCACUGGUCCGGCCACAACAGCAGCGUGAUUCUAAUUCUGACAAAGCUGUAUGACUACAACCUGGGAAGCAUCACAGAGAGCUCUCUUUGGAGGUCCACAGAUUAUGGGACAACAUAUGAGAAACUGAAUGAUAAAGUUGGUCUGAAGACUAUUUUGAGCUACUUGUAUGUUUGCCCAACAAACAAACGUAAGAUUAUGCUGCUGACUGAUCCAGAAGUUGAAAGCAGCUUAUUAAUCAGUUCUGAUGAAGGAGCCACCUAUCAAAAAUACCGUCUGAACUUCUACAUCCACAGUCUGCUCUUCCACCCCAAACAGGAAGAUUGGAUCUUAGCCUACAGCCAAGAUCAGAAGUUAUUCAGUUCCGUGGAGUUUGGCAGAAGAUGGCUGCUGCUUCAUGAGGGAGUUACACCAAACAGGUUCUACUGGUCUAUGAUGGGGAAUGGAAGAGAGCCUGACCUUGUGCACCUGGAGGCAAGGACAGUGGAUGGUCACGCCCAGUACAUCACCUGCAAGAUGCAGAACUGCAGUGAAGCCACUCGCAGCAAACCCUUUCCAGGCUACAUUGACCAUAACUCCCUGAUCGUCCAGGGUGAUUAUGUCUUUGUUCAGUUGACAUCAGGAGGAAGACCACAUUAUUACGUUUCUUAUAGGAGGAGUCCAUUUGCACAGAUGAAGCUGCCAAAGUACUCCUUGCCCAAGGACAUGCAUGUUAUCAGCACAGAUGAGAAUCAGGUGUUUGCAGCUGUACAAGAGUGGAACCAGAACGACACAUACAAUCUGUACAUCUCCGACACCCGAGGGGUCUACUUCACCCUGGCCUUGGAAAAUGUCAAGAGUAGUCAAGGGCUGGAGGGGAAUGUGAUGAUUGACCUCUAUGAGGUAGCAGGGAUAAAGGGAAUGUUCUUGGCUAACAAGAAGAUUGACAACCAAGUGAAAACUUUCAUCACCUACAAUAAAGGGAGAGACUGGAGUUUGUUGCAGGCUCCGCACACAGAUCUGAGAGGAAAUCCCAUUCACUGUCUCCUACCCUAUUGCUCCCUUCAUCUUCACUUGAAGGUCUCAGACAACCCCUAUACCUCAGGAAACAUCGCCAGCCGAGACACUGCCCCCAGUAUCAUUGUAGCUUCAGGUAAUAUAGGCACUGAACUAUCAGACAAUGACAUCAGCAUGUUUGUUACUUCUGAUGCUGGGAACACUUGGAGGCAGAUCUUUGAGGAAGAGCACAGUGUUCUGUACCUGGAUCAAGGUGGAGUACUUGUGGCCAUGAAACACACAUCUCUUCCCAUCAGACACCUCUGGUUAAGUUUUGAUGAAGGGAGAUCUUGGAGCAAGUACAGUUUCACAUCCCUCCCACUGUUUGUAGAUGGAGUUUUAGGGGAGCCUGGAGAGGAAACCCUCAUCAUGACUGUGUUUGGACAUUUCAGCCACCGCUCAGAGUGGCAGCUAGUGAAAGUCGACUACAAGUCCAUUUUUGAUCGGAGAUGUGCAGAAGAGGACUACAGGCCUUGGCAACUCCAUAGCCAGGGAGAAGCCUGCAUUAUGGGAGCAAAAAGGAUCUACAGGAAGCGCAAGUCAGAGAAGAAAUGCAUGCAAGGGAAAUAUGCUGGGGCUAUGACCUCGGAGCCGUGCGUGUGCACAGAGGCAGACUUUGACUGUGAUUAUGGAUAUGAACGCCACAGCAAUGGCCAGUGUUUACCAGCAUUUUGGUAUAACCCGUCCUCCUUGUCAAAAGACUGCAGCCUUGGACAGAGUUAUCUCAACAGCACUGGGUACCGGAAGGUCGUUUCCAACAACUGCACGGACGGAGUGCGCGAGAGGUACACGGCCAAGCCCCAGCAGUGCCCGGGCAAGCCCCCCCAGGGCCUCCGCAUCAUCACGGCCGACGGCCGGCUCACGGCCGAGCAGGGGCACAACGUCACCUUCCUGGUGCAGCUGGAGGAGGGAGACCUCCAGAGAUCCCUCAUUCAGGUGGAUUUUGGAGACGGCAUCGCUGUGUCAUAUGCCAAUCUCAGCUCAACAGAAGAUGGGAUCAAGCACAUCUACCAGAAUGUGGGCAUAUUCCGAGUGACGGUGCUGGUGGAAAACAGCCUGGGUUCUGACAGCGCUGUCCUCUACCUGCAUGUAACAUGCCCCUUGGAACACGUUCACUUAUCUCUACCCUUUGUCACCACGAAGAACAAGGAGAUCAACGCCACAGCAGUGCUGUGGCCAAGCCAAGUGGGAACACUCACUUACGUCUGGUGGUUUGGGAACAGCACAGAGCCACUGAUCACAUUGGAAGGGAGCAUCACAUUCACAUUUUCUGUGGAAGGGAUGAACACCAUCACCGUUCAGGUCUCAGCAGGAAAUACCAUUCUUCAGGACACAAAGACUAUUGCAGUGUAUGAGAAGUUUCAGUCCCUGAGGUUAUCAUUCUCUCCAAACCUUGAUGACUACAACCCAGAUAUCCCAGAGUGGAGAAGGGACAUCAGCAGAGUAGUCAAGAGAGCUCUGGUGGAGGCUACAGGUAUUUCCAGCAAGCAUGUUCUGGUCGCAGUGCUCCCUGGCCUGCCCACAUCUGCUGAACUCUUCAUUUUACCAUAUCAAGAUGCCACAGGAGAGAAAAAAAGAACAGCAGCAAACCUAGAGCAGAUUUCAGAAACGCUGAUCCAGAAACUGAACCAAAACCUGGUCCAUUUUGAGUUGAAGCCAGGAGUUCGAAUCCUUGUCCAUGCUGCCCACUUAACAGCAGCUCCCCUGGUGGACCUCACUCCCAGUCACAGUGGUUCGGCCAUGCUGAUGCUCCUCUCUGUCGUUUUUGUGGGACUAGCUGUGUUUGUCAUCUACAAGUUCAAAAGGAAGAUUCCUGGCCUUAAUAUAUAUGCACAGAUGCAGAAUGAAAAAGAUCAAGAGAUGGUCAGUCCAGUCAGUCAGAGGGAAAGCAUACCUAAUGUCCCUCAAAGUGAGCUGAUGAGCCCUGAGCAACUAGUAGAUGAGAAGUUGGAAGUCCACCCCAUAGAGCAACCUCAGGCCACAGUCAAGAACCCAAGGAAAGGAAAUGCAACCAAGGUAGUCUGGACAGAGGACUUCCAAAAAGCUUGUGGAUCACCAAGAGAUUUCAAGCCAAGACCCAGAGCGGAAGUAUUUCCACAGCUGCUGAGCCCCAGAGCACAAAAGAAAUCCCUACCUAUGUAAAUGGUUGAAUUGAGGACACCAACAUCUGUAUCUAAAAAAGGAGAGCUCACUGCAUUUGGACUUUUUAAUUCUUCAGAUGACAAAGGGUUUUUAGCUUUAAGCCUGUGCAUGUGGACAUUAUACUGAGACCAUAGUGGAACUGCAUUGUACAGGUGUUCAAUUUUAGUGGGGGGUGGGGGGAGAGGAACUGGUACCACUAUUCACUCCUGCGGCCCUUCCCCUCACCCUUUCACUCUCUUUUUUCUGAUCUGUCUCUAAUUUGUAGAAAUUCAUAAUGAUAUAGGCCAAGAAUAUGCAUGGGGGGGUCUCUUCUUUAGGGAGAGGGGUGGGCUGGGAUGUGGGGGGAGAAGGGCUGGGGCGGUGGGAGGUGGGAGGGAGUGUUUAGGGUUCUUGGCUUUAGGUUUAACUGCUCUUUUAGCACUUUGGGCUGCGGGAGGGGUAGCCGCCCCAGCAGAUUUCCAUAGGACACAAAAAAAGAAUCACACUGGAGUUUAAAGGCACUGAAAAUAUUCUUGGUCAGUGUGGUUUAUGUCUCUGUUUGGACUCUGCCCUUCAUUCCUCUAGCUGCAGCUGCUGCCUGUGCCCCACACUGCGAGGAGGCUGAGUGUGAGGUUGGGUGAUGCCAACUGCUAGGCCAAGCUCCUUCUUAGACACCUUCCUUAGCCUGCCCACACCAAGGCAUCCCACUGGUAGAGCCAUGGGAAGAUAACGGUGCCUCCUAACCCUGAACAGACCAGAACAAGCAUUCAUUGCAGGCAGGAGGUUAUUGUCAGCAAGAACUCACACUGUACUUUGUAUCAGCCUUACACCUUCAGUUCUGGCUGAGAGAAAGCGACACCCUCAGCUCCAUGUAGUGCUGAUGGCUGAAUUUGUCUGGGGAAGUCCCAGGAGCUCUCUGCCUUUUCAGAGUCACCCAAAGGCCUGGUAGUUUUUUGAAAGACACCCUGUCCAUAGGAUAGGGAGCAGGGAAAGGUCUGUGCACAGUUUUCCUGUGGCUUUCUUGGCACCCCCAUUGGUUGCAGAUCUGCAAGCUCCUGCCACUGUGGGCAGAGAAGGGAGAUUUUGGCCUGGGACUGUUGCCAUGCAUUUUGAGCCUCAGCACUGCAGGACCACUCUCACACAAGAUUUGAUUUCUUACCAAUAACUUAAGCUUGUAUCUUACGCUGCAAGUGGAAAUGAGGCUGUAGGACAUGUUCACAUAGACUGUGCAAGGGAACAGCAGAAAGCAGGAUUAGCACACCUCGAACAAGUCCUCCAAAGACACUGGAUAUCUGUCUGAAGCCUAACCCAUGGUCAUUACAACUGUUGAUUUCCAACCCAACUCAGGUAAUUAAACCUAGCACCAGGACUUUGGUUUGGAGUGUAAAGAGAGAAAUGCUGUGACCAAUGUACGCUUGCCUAACUAUGUUAGGAGGAGGCAAGUAGAGGCCAGCUGAUAAUCAGUGAGGCACUUGUAGGAGGCAGCCUGAUUGCUGACAUGGGUGGGUUUUGUGCAGCAGACAUUGCACAUGGCAACUUGAGUCAAAACCAGGAGAAAGCAGCAUGGUCAGUGUGGCCCAGAGUCCCAGGGCAGGGAUUUGGUGGUGGUGGGUUUGAAUUUCUCCAUCACAAAGUGGGCACAAACCUAAAUCAACACACUUGCUGGCAAAACAAAAAUGAUACCAAGGACAUUAGGCCCGUAGUAGUUAAAAGGAUUAUCACAGUACAGAGUCCUCUGCCUCUUUCUGCAGUUUCUCUGAAGACAGGUAGAAACACAGCAGUUUGUAUGGCUUUGCUAUUGUGUUUGCAACUACAGCUUUAAGAAAGAUGGGAAAGUUUUGGCUGCAACUGUAUAAUAGUCCCCACUGAAGUCCAACAUUAGCCAACUUAUUUUUAUAGUAAGCCAAUCAAAAAGUUUUCUUAUAGUGUUGGAACUAUUUCUAAUUUUAAAAUUAUUUUUUGAUGUACUUUUUCAUCUUCUUUUUCCCUUUCGUUAAAUACUAUGUAGCGUAAUGUAUAAUUGCUAUGGUUUAUUGCUUUUACAGUCAUAUUUAUUAAACAGAUUAUGUCUCUAAAUGAA